AUGUCAAGCAUUGCACAUCAGAUUAAGGACGAAGGAACAAGGAAGAAGAAGGAAUCAAUAGUUGAUCUUUCCCGGUUUAUCGACAAGAAGAUUCGUGUCAAGUUCCAAGGAGGGCGAGAAGCGACUGGCAUUUUGAAAGGGUAUGAUGCCUUGCUCAACCUUGUACUCGAUAACUGUAAUGAAUAUCUUCGCGAUCCUGAAAAUCCAGGCACAGUCGGGGAUGACACCAGACCACUGGGCCUGAUUGUUGCUCGCGGCACUGCAAUAACAGUUAUUGCUCCUUCUGAUGGUAUGGAACAAAUAGACAACCCAUUCGCUCAAACUGAAGAAUAG